AUGUUGUUUGGCUCUAUCUACAUUGAUGAGGGAUGCGUGUCCUCUCCUUCCGGGCCCAUAUCUUUGCUCAUUUCAUCGGCAUUCCAUCGUUUCAAUCGUUCCACCGUUACGGUGGACUAUGCCACCUUUCACCGGCAGAAUCUUUUCUCCAGUAUUUGUGCUGUGAGCCGAGGUUUUAACAGGUCGAGAGCUAUAAAAAUGCCGAAAGGCGAAUGCUCCAAAGAUUACAAAUCUCAUGAGCAACGUAAGGAGAAAAUUAUUGAGACGGGAUAA